UGAUCUCCUUUCCCCCCUAGGAAACGGAGCUAAAAGGGGUUCCACGAUGAACGAUGCAGAGGAGAACCAGUUUGGCUCAGUGGAAGAAGAGCGGCGCUACUGGAAGGAGCUGGCCGCCAAAUAUAAAGAAUGCGCCGAGAACGCCCAGGACGAACUGCGGGAAUUCCAGGAAGGCAGCCGGGAAUACGAAGCUGAGCUGGAGAUGCAGCUGCAACAGGUGGAGACACGGAAUCGAGACCUCCUUGCAGACAACAACCGCCUGCGGAUGGAGAUCGAGUCCGUUAAUGAGAAGAUCUCGGCCCAUCACUCGGAAGGGCACCAGCAGAUCUCGGCUCUGGAGGAGGAACUGGCCCGAACGAAAGCCGUCAAGGACCAGCUGCAGAAAUACAUCCGGGAGCUCGAACAGGCCAACGACGACUUGGAAAGAGCAAAGAGGGCCACCAUCAUGUCUCUGGAAGAUUUUGAGCAGCGGCUGAACCAGGCCAUCGAGAGGAACGCCUUCCUGGAGAGCGAGCUGGACGAGAAGGAGAACCUGCUGGUGUCGGUGCAGCGUCUGAAGGACGAAGCCCGAGAUUUGCGUCAAGAACUGGCCGUGCAACAGAAACAAGAGAAACCGAAGGCAGCGGUCGAAGCUCCGCCGGAAACCGAACGUGCGGAUACAGCCGUACAAGCCACCUUUUCUGCGUCUUCGACACCCGCCACCUACUGGGGGUCUGGGCUUGGGAGGAGCACCCCAGGAACAGCCAGAAGGGGUUUUGAGGACAGCUACUGUGGAACCCCGCUUACGCCCGCAGCCCGAAUUUCGGCGCUCAACAUUGUGGGAGACCUUCUCCGGAAGGUUGGGGCCCUGGAAUCCAAAUUAGCCUCAUGCCGAAACUUCGUCUAUGACCAAGCUCCAUACCCAGCCUGUUUGGGCAGAGAGGCUUUUGAGAGGCGGCUGAGCGGUCCCUGCAUUUCCCAAGGGUUGCCAAAGCGGCUGGAGUUAGGGAUGCGGCCGUCCAGCCUCGCAGGGUCGGUGGGCCUUCCCCCACAAGGGGUGGUCCAGAUGCUUCUCUGAUGUUUUCCUCUGCGUGGGAAUCCGUUCCUUUGUCCCCGUUUUUAACAGACUACUAACACUCCUGCUCACCUGGGAUGAAGAGAGGAUGGUGGGAGAGAAGAGGACCGUGGAACGGCAGCUGUACGAGGGGCCGAGGGACUCUGCGCCAUCCCGUCGGACUGGCUUUGGUCUCCCCCCUACUUCCUGGGGAUGCUGGGCUAUAGAACGACCGUUGUUCAGUCCAGCACACCGUGCCAGCGAGGAGGGACAGCAGGAGAGAAGAGGUUUUGCCACGUAAUACCCGAGUGAACCUGGAGGGGCAGAUCCAGAACCGCUGAGGCCGGAGUUAAGCUGAAAAACACAGCUGGUGGAGCAAAAGCCGCUGCCUAGAGAAAAAGGCCCAAGGGACAUGAAGAUUGGGGGGGGCAGAGGGGCCCAGCGUGGCGUUUUGUGGAUAGCGAUAUUUGGCCGUGAUGUCACGUGAACCAGAACGUCCUGGCGGUGCCCGUUUUGCUUUGACUCCUGGGGGAAGAGCCGAGCCGCCUCGCCUGCCCAGCCCUUUCUCGCUCGGUGCCUUAGGAGCGAAGCCUCGCACCUGUCUCUUCUCUCCUGGGCGACGGUGGUUAGGAACCAGCACGUUCCCUGAAAGCCGUCCAUGGGGGGAAAACUCCCGCAUUUGUAAAAGCGCCUGCCCUACGGACCCUCUCCGUGCUUCCUGGUGUGGGUUUCGCUUGUCUCAUGUAACUCUUUGGGUCUCUUAAGGAUUUUGUUAAGGAGGGUUUUGUGCUACAGAGAGGGUGGGGGUGCAUCUCUGGAGAUGCUGGCGUCGGCUGCAGAAGAGUGAAGCGGAGUGUUGGCCCAUUGGGGCCGU